AUGGCUGUGCCCUUUGUGGAAGACUGGGAUUUGGUGCAAACCCUGGGAGAAGGUGCUUAUGGAGAAGUUCAGCUUGCUGUGAAUAGGCGAACAGAAGAAGCAGUUGCAGUAAAGAUUGUGGACAUGAAGCGUGCCAUAGAUUGUCCAGAAAACAUUAAGAAAGAGAUUUGCAUCAAUAAAAUGUUAAAUCAUGAGAACAUAGUGAAAUUCUAUGGUCAUCGGCGAGAAGGCAAUAUUCAGUAUCUGUUUCUGGAGUACUGCAGUGGAGGAGAACUCUUUGACCGAAUAGAGCCUGAUGUGGGUAUGCCUGAACAAGAUGCUCAGAAGUUCUUCCAUCAGCUUAUGGCAGGGGUGGUAUAUCUUCAUGGUAUUGGAAUAACUCAUAGAGAUAUUAAGCCUGAAAAUCUUUUACUAGAUGAAAGAGAUAAUCUUAAAAUCUCAGACUUUGGCUUAGCAACCGUGUUUCGGCAUAAUAAUCGUGAACGUUUAUUAAAUAAGAUGUGUGGCACUCUGCCAUAUGUUGCCCCAGAACUGCUUAAGAGGAAAGAAUUCCAUGCAGAACCAGUUGAUGUUUGGUCAUGUGGAAUAGUACUUACUGCAAUGCUGGCUGGAGAAUUGCCAUGGGACCAACCCAGUGACAGUUGUCAGGAGUAUUGUGACUGGAAAGAAAAAAAAACAUAUCUCACACCUUGGAAGAAAAUUGAUUCUGCCCCAUUAGCCUUGCUGCAUAAAAUUCUAAUUGAGAAUCCAGGAUCAAGAAUUACAAUAACAGAUAUUAAAAAAGACAGAUGGUAUACUAAGGUACUUAAGAAAGGUGCAAAAAGACCUCGAGCUUCUUCAGGAGGAGUAUCAGAUUCCCCAAGUGGAUUUUCUAAGCACAUACAAUCAAAUUUGGACUUCUCGCCUGUUAAUAGUGCUCACAGUGAAGAAAAAGUGAAGUACUCUAGCUCUCAACCAGAGCCAAGAACUGGUCUUUCUUUGUGGGACACUAGUCCCUCUUAUAUUGAUAAACUGGUACAAGGAAUCAGUUUCUCGCAACCUGCGUGUCCUGACCACAUGCUGCUGAAUAGUCAAUUACUUGGCACCCCAGGUUCUUCACAGAAUCCUUGGCAGCGUUUAGUCAAAAGGAUGACACGGUUCUUUACCAAAUUGGAUGCUGACAAGUCCUAUCAUUGUCUGAAGGAAACUUGUGAGAAACUAGGGUAUCACUGGAAGAAGAGUUGUAUGAAUCAGGUCACAGUAUCAACCACUGAUAGAAGAAACAAUAAACUGAUUUUCAAAGUGAACUUGGUAGAAAUGGACGAGAAGAUCUUAGUGGACUUCCGGCUAUCUAAGGGUGAUGGACUGGAGUUCAAGAGGCAUUUCCUGAAGAUUAAAGGGAAGCUGAGUGAUGUGGUAAGCAGCCAGAAAGUAUGGCUACCUGCCACAUGAUCCAUACAUGCUGGGUAGGCCCAGUGAAUGCAGUGCUGCUAUGUUGACACUAUCCUUCCAAGAGAAGCUUACACUGUUUUACAGACCUCAAAUCUAAAGUAACAAUUCCUGAGGAGU